AGCGAAGAAGUUCAACUCGCCCCAUCAUAACCGUGGCCGCGGACAGUCGUUUGUGAGCAGUAACCGCGUACGGACGGAUGUGAGUGCAGUACAGUUGGCUAAGAAUUGCGGAAGAAAAAAGUUUGAGGAAACAAAAACACCGUGCGUCAAGUGUUCAAGAGUGUGUGUGUGUGUGUGUGUGUGUGUUCUCACUUCAUGUGGUCUCACGUGUCAUCUUUAAGCAUCUGGCGGCAGUGCAAGCAUGGGUAGAGGAAGUGAAUGCGCCUUCAGUAGGCUUCCGUUAAUCGUGAUUCUAGCGUUGAUGCUAGUGCCCGCUACCGUUCAUGCGCAAGAAUGUUCAUCACCAACGCUCUCGUUCGGCGGCCAGUUCCCUGUCGGGCCCGAAAUUUCCGCCACCGUCGGUGCAGGCUACACACUAGCCCAGCACGACGUCACCAACGUAGCCUCCGUGUCCGUUAGUGCGACGGCAUCCAACUUACCGGUGUACAUUGAGGCUGUGCUCGACGCCGGCCGGCUGACGAUUCGUACGAGCGCCCAGUUUGUCAACUACGAAAAGCAGGAGGACACGCUGUUCUUCCUACAGGAGAUCCGGUUCACCUGUGCGUCGGGCUCGCUGCGCGACAUGACGUUCCGGCAGUCGAUCAAGGAGGAGAACAAUCACGCACCACUCUUCUCGCAAGCGAUCUACAACAUUGCGGUGCCGCUGCCACUGCCCAGGGAAUUCAACAUACAACAGUUCAUUGACGGGGGCAAGGGCAUCGUGGCGCACGAUUACGAUAUAACGAAGAACAAGGUAUCAUUUUCGAUUGCCGAAAACGAUUACUUUACCGUGCAGACAGCAAAUGGGUCGUCGCGCACGCAGUUUCUGGCGAGUCUGAUAACGAAACAAACGCUCACGAAGAUACAGCCACCGAUCACGCUGCAGAUCACUGCCGUGGAUGAAGGAAGCCCUCCGAAAUCAUCACAGGCAACACUGAACAUCGAAGGAGACCCAGUGAUUUCGUUCGUACCGCCACCAGAGUUUGAGCAAAACCUGUACAGAACAGCGUACAAAAUCGGUGCCACUUUCACUCCCGUGCGCAUUUCUAUGGCUCCGGGGACAUACGAUUCUACGGUGAGCUUCGAAACCUCCGGCGAUGAUGCGGACUACUUCACUGUCACACCUGCAGCGGAUAGGAGCAGUGUAACUGUCAGCUUACGAUCAGCCGCAACGAUCGACGAGGGAAAGAAGUUGCUCACACUCACCAUCGCUGCCAGUCGUUCGGGAACGGACAGCAUAGGACGAACCGCGUUGGUAGUGGAACUGUCAACCGAUCCGAAGGUAGUUCCCACCUUCGAAGCGUCGCUGUACACCGGUACGAUCGAUCGUAACAAAGUGAUCAGCGUGGACAGUAUCAAACUGAUUCCAUCAACCAGCGAUAGUAGCGUGCGAGUGCAAUUGACCGGCGAGGAUGCUCAGUAUUUCACUGCGUCGCUUGCCAGCAACCAAGUUACGGUAGCUCCAGCGAGCCAACUAACCGACGUGGUGCUGAAGGAAAAGCACUACUUCCUGGUAACCGUACAAGCGGAUAAAGCCGACAGCGGGACGGGGGAAACGCUGCUGGUGCUAUCGGUGGAUAAAAGUGACCUGAAAGAUCCUCGCUUCGAAAAGAUGGUGUACGAAGGUACGAUUACUGAAUCGGGCACAUUAAAUGUCCCCGUGGUUAGAAUUUCCCCCGACAGCUUCGUGUCCGGUUUGGAGUAUAGCUUUUCGGGCGACAUCAGCCUCCUGACCACGAACGCCGAUAGCAGUGGCACCAUCACCAUCGCACCGAACAAUGUCACGCCGGACAAGCUGCUCGACAAAAGCUACCUAAUGCUUUCGAUUGUUGCGAAGCUGGAAGGUGACGAAGUCGCGCACGCCGUACUCAUCCUCAAGGUCCUGCGCACCCCGGUAGUGUUGCCACAGUUUACCCGGCCCCUGCUAGAGGGUGAAAUGAUCGAGAAAACGUUAGCGAUCAGUUUACCGUACGUGGAAAUCGUACCGGAAUCGUUCACCGCCGACAUCGCACUGAGCGUGGUCGACGAGCGGUACUUCUUCGACAUUCAACCGUUUAAUCCGCAGAACGUGUUCAAAGUGUUCCUCCGCGGGAACGUCACCCGCGGCAUGUUGCAAGGGCUUGAUCGGCUUACAUUUACCGUGAAGGCCACCAAUCCCAGCUCGGCGAGCGUGUAUUGCUUCGUUGCGAUCGACAUUGUUCGCACGGCGGCGCCAACCUUCGAACGGCUCAUCUACGACGGGGUGAUCGAUGAAUCAAAGCAGCUAGCUGAGGAGAUAGUGGCCAGGCUAACGGCCGAUUCGACUGAUGCAAGUGUCGUGUACACGCUCGAAGGAGAAGAUGCCAGUUUGUUCGGGCUGGAAGCUUUGCAGCCGGACGGUGUGCGCAUUAAGCUGAAGACAGAGCUGACCGAAGAUGAGUUUGACCGUCGGGAUCACUUCAGUUUGAAUUUGAAAGCUACCAACCCACAGCUGCCGGCCAGCACGAUCGUGCCGGUGAUUGUGUACGUGAAGCAUUCUUUGAUCAAAAUUCCUCGUUUCGAAAAACCACUCUACAAGUCCCGAAUCGACGUAGACUUGCAGCUGGUUCCGUUCGAGCAAAUCGAGCUAGAACCUGGUACGUACACGGACUCGACCACGGUUGCCGUCCGCAACAGCAACAGUGAUCUGUUUGAAGUGAGGCUAUCCCAGGGAGUGGUUUCGAUACAGCUCCUGAAGGAACUGGAUGCAGCGGCGGUGAGUGAUAUCAGCCGGUUCGAGUUUGUGGUGGAGUGCAGCACCCCUGGCCAAGCGUCCGGAUUCACUACCGUGAUCGUCGAUAUUGAUCGUGCGCUUGCUCCUGCGUUUACCGAUCUAUUCUACGUUGGUGAGGUGAAAGAGGACGCCAAGCAAAUAAUGUUCAGCCAAACGGUAACUCUCUCACCGGAAACGAUCGCGAGCAACACCGAGUACAGCCUGGAAGGGUACGACAGUACCCUGGUCCGGUACGAGAAACUGGACGAUCAAAGCUUGAGCUUCUUCUUGCGCGAUGAAGUGUCCAAAGAUCAAUUGAAGCUUCGGUCCGAAAUCGGGUUCUUGAUCGUCGCGACUAACCCAGCCGCUAGUCGGUCAGCUACCGUUUCCUGCUCGGUGAAAAUAGUGCGCGAAGUUAAACCCACCUUCACGCGUACCUCCUUCCAUGGGAAGAUUGUCGAAGGCACUACCGCCGCGGACUUUGGAGAUGCCGCAAUCGCUUGGGAAGGUGGAAGCGUAAAGGAAACGACCUCAUUCACCAUCGUCGAUGCAAUGUCAAACAAUUGGUUCGAUGUUAAGCUGGCCGAGAAUGGAAGCACGGUCGACAUCGUCCUUAAGCCGGAAGUGAAGUGGGAUCAGGUACGAUCGUACGUGUACUAUCAGCUCAUCCUCCAAGCCGUCAAUCCCGGUUCCGACGCGACACAAUGUACGCUCGUGAUCGAUGUAGAAAAUUUGCCCGCCAUCACACCGACCUUCACGAAAUCCAUCUAUCGAGGUGCGUUGCAGGAAGGUACGAAGGAGGUGAUGUUUUCGGCUGCGGACACCAUUACCGUACGAUCGGACACGAUCAUGUCCACGUUUCAGUACGCCGCGGUUGAAGGUGAUACCAGCCUGUUCGAUGUGGCGCUGGUCGAGGAUAACAAGUUCAAAGUAUCGCUCAAAGACACCGUCGCACCGAGCGACAUCGAGGGACGUGACCUGUUCAGCUUCAUGCUGAAGAUCAACAAUGCGUACAGUGCGGACGAUACCGCCACGAUUGUGAUCACGGUAAAGUUGGACGACAUAGUCAAUCCGACCUUUGGGAAGCUGCUGUACAGUGGCACCAUCGUGCAGGGUACAGUCGAGGUAAGUUUGCCCGAGACAAUCCAACUCACCGCCGGCAGCUUCACGGAAAACACGGAGAUUGGUGUCGGUGGCACGGAUGCUGCACUGUUCUCCAUCUCCCGCGCUGGGUCUACGAUCGAGUUAAAGGUUCGUGAAGGCGCCAUCAACUGGGACGAGUUGGCGUCGAAGCACUACCUAAGCGUGUACGUGCAAGCGACCAAUCCUGGCAGCGAAACAUCGACCUCGUUCGUCGUGAUAGAGAUCACACAGCUGAGGCAACCUCGGUUUGCGCAAUCUUCAGCCCACGGGUACAUUGCUGCCGGGGAGCGCGAUGUACAGUUUUUGGCAGGAUCCGAACUAAGGAUAGUGUCCGGCAGUACUGAGCCCGGCUAUCAGUGGAAUCUGGCCGGUGAUGACUACCAGCUGUUCGAUGGGGCGUUGGUGGACGAUCUGUUUAGAUUUAGUCUCCGGGAAGCAGCUUCCGAGGAGCAGCUUCAAUCUAGAACCAGUUUCAAGUUCCGGGUCACAGUUAAAAAUCCUACCGGAAAGGAAACUGAAUCGGCCGUUGUGAUAAAUCGCCAGCUGUUAAUGCCACAGUUUUCCAAACACAUCUACACCGGCGCGUUUAGUGAAGAUCUUCAGCUGUCGCUGACGGACGCGAUAGAGCUAACACAGGCCAGCUUUUCAACCGGAGUCCUUGUUCGCGCGAUUGAAUCCAACGUUGACUUUCUAUCGCUGGAGCAAAAUGGGCCGAGUGUGCAGCUGAAGCUUUCCCGGCCAAUUUCGACGAAUGAUUUUCAGGGUCUGGACGCGGUACGCCUUGUGCUGGAGGCUGCGGCUUCUGAUGACGUCCGGAGCACGUGCACUGUUACGUUGAUGGUUCCCGAAGGAACACCUUGUACACCACUGCCACCGAUUGUUGAUUGCUCUAGCUGCUAUAACUGCACGACGGGAGGCGUUCAGGAGGAUGUGCCUGUGUUUGCGAAUGGCAACUACCGGUUCCAGCUGAGGAGCGAUACUACCGGUCCAAUAGGUGCGGUGUCCGCUACGGUAAAGGACCCGACGGCCGUGGUAGAGCAUACCAUAGAGAUGGCGGAUGGCUACUUGCAAUCGCUCCUUUCCAUAACCCCAGAAGGACUCCUUACGAUUGCUCGUCCGCUCAUCCCGAACGUGUAUCAGUUCGUGGUGCAUGCAACGAACGCAGCGGCAGGAAAGAAGGCUACGGCGAACGUUUGGCUAGAUGUACUGAAUCAACACGAGUGUACCGAGGGUGACAAGCAACCGACAGUCGAUCAAGUGUUGGUUGUGCGUCAUCUGGAAGAAGAACGGCCUUACACAACCAUUUUCUACACACAGCUGAGCCCGCGUUGUUCGUACGAGCUGAUCAGUGAACAGCCAACCGAGGACGACCAACAGUCCUACUUCUACAUUGAUCAGCAAACGAACUGGCUUGCUUGCAGGAGCUUCGAUCGGGAAGAUCGAGAUCUGUUCGGUGACAUGCAAGUACCACAAUUCAGCCUUCUAAUGCAACUGAAAUGCUCCGAGACGGAUGAACAAUCUCAACGAUCACCAGUGAAACGAUCGCUCGUUGAAACAGACACAAUCAACUAUGCGUCAGAUAUAACAAUUGUGACCAUCAUCGUGGACGAUAUUAACGAUAACGAUCCGGUCUUUGUCGAGCCAGCAACCGCACCCGGUACAAACGCGAUCCAUCUCGGUUUCCCCGAACCAUCCUUAGCUAGCAAACUGAUGCUGUCCGGGCUGCUUACCGUCAGGGCGACUGAUGCGGACGAAGGAUUAAACGCAGCGAUAAGAUAUAGCUUGUCGGAAAAUGAACAUUUUAUGCUGGAUCCCGUAACUGGAUCGAUUGAACCAACGAAAAGCGCUUUGCGAGACUCGGAUCUGAUCGAUCUCACGGUGAUUGCUACGGAUCGUGAAGGAGCCUUGGAUGGACGCGGUACCGCCCUUGACCUAGUGGUACAUCGCUUGCAUGAAAAUCAUGUCGCGUUCCUUACUGUAACUACGGUUAACGAAGCUAGCGUACAGAUUAUAAUCGACCAAAUCAAUCUUCAGAGUGAUUUCCACCUGAAGGUGCUUCGUCAAGCCUAUAUUCCCGAGGCUGACACUACAGCACCUGUUCGCGUGACGCGUAAUGCGGUGGCAAGAGAGAUAGAGGAUUCUACGAGCAAUAUGCGGCUGAUAGUGUACGCUCUGAACGACGACAAUCAACUCUUGAACACGGACGACAUCCGAAACGCUAUAAGGAACGUGUUCCCAGGCAUUGGAACGUCCGCAAUAGCGUCAUUCAACGAUGCCGUGUGCUACGGCAACAGCACGAACCCCUCCUGCCCUUCCACGCCUAGCUGUCCCGAAGAGCUCACCGGUCGCUCCAGCAAUGGUGGCCUAAUAGCUUCGACCUCGGUACUGGGAGGGCUCCUUCUCAUCACUCUCGCCCUUACGAUGGUGCUGUACUUGCGGUACGUGAGACCACUGUCGAAGGGUGCCGACAGCACCCCGUCCGACGUAGAACAGCUUGAAAACGACUUCGAUUCUACACCACCACCAACUCCACCAACGCUGGGUGGCAAGAAGGAACAACCGAUUGCCGAUCCGGAGGUGAUGGAAGAUCGGAAAAUAUCGAUCAACAUUGCCGGUAUCACUAUGCAAGAGUCUGAAGAUACCAACACGGACAGCAACCGGCUAGCACGGUCGCUAGCCGAGCGGUUGGACGAGGAAGAUGAGUAUGGUGCAGCCGUUUUCGGAACAACGAGUCAGGACACGUUCAGCGAACCGAAAAACGUGAAAUUCAACGAAGUGGUCGAACGGAUAGAGGUGCAAGAGCAUCACAGCGAUGAGGAAGAUGGUGGCUCCGUGUACGAGGAACGAUUGUAGCGAAGCUACCACGGUCGUAUUAUUUAAAACUAAGGUUUAAUGUGGCAGAACGAUCUGUAAUUCUGCUUAACAUAAUGUACAAAAUAAAAGAUAAUGUUUAAAAUCCAUAAA